AUGACGAUCUACUCGGAGCCUCCCGGCCCUCGCGACUUUCGCUAUGUCAAGCCCAGCCUGCUCGUCUGCUGGUGGGUGACCUCGUUGUGCGCCUGCAUCAUCUUGCUGCGGGUCACGGGUCGCUUCAUCAGGACAGAGCGGUUGUUCCGAGAGGAUCGAAUGGCGUCUUUGGCCUUGCUGCCGCUCUUCAUGCGCAUGGGAUGCGUCCACUACAUCCUAUAUCACGGAACCAACAAUGAGGACUUCACUGGCAUCACAAUGAGUAGUGGAGAAAUUCGACACCGGCAGAUUGCUAGUGGUCUUGUUCUUCUGAGUCGCAUUCUGUAUGCCGCGACGCUGUGGAUUCUUAAAUUCACUAUUCUCGAGUUCUUCCGCCGGCUCACUGGAGUCACAUGGGAACGCUCGUCGCAAAAGGCACUCGUGGUCAUUCGAUGGGUGCUCAUUAUCACCUUCAUCGCCGUUGUCAUUAGCACAUUGUCGGAAUGCCAACCAUUCACCCACUACUGGCAGAUCACGCCCGAUCCUGGGGGCCAAUGUCGCCAGGGCUACGUACAGCUUCUCACCACAGCCGUGUGCAACAUCCUCACCGAUCUCCUACUCGUCUUCUUUCCGAUUCCCAUUAUCUUGCAAAGCAACAUGAAGAUCAAGCGCAAGAUGCAACUGACUUUGCUCUUCUCCCUCAGCCUGGGCGUUGUCGGCGUCACCAUCUACCGCGUGCCGCACGUCAUGUGGAGCCAUGGCCGCCAACAGUACCGGUCACUGCUCGCCUCCGUUGAGAUUUUGUUCGCCUUCACCGCUGCCAAUGCCCUAGUGCUGGGGUCCUUUGUGCGCGAUCGUGGCGUCAAGAAGCAGAAAUUUCGAAGGACAAGCGUGGCAGACUCAUUUGACCGAUCCAGCGGCGCGAGACGGCCGACACUCCAUCGCCAAUGGGGCAGCGACGAAGACCUGGUCCGCGAUGUCGGCAUCACACUCGACCCUGCACUUCGGAAUGCACCCCAAGGCACUGAGGCUCAGCCUGCGCCGGUGGCAGGGUCGCUAGGAAACAACAUGGAAACCUGGCAAUUCCCUAAACGACAAAACAGCAACACGGAGAGAAGCGACGAAUCCCUAAUCUCCUCGCGCGACCUCGCGAAGCGAGAGUCAGUGACUACACACAGGCGGGUCUCAUUCUUUGAUGUCGGCGGCUUGCUGGAGGACUCUGUGGGCACGAGCAGCAGCAGCUAUCGUCGUGAGAGCCACUCCUCGAACGUCGAUCCAUUACACACGCAUGCGCCUUCGCCUGCUCUGCCAGCCGGCACCUCGGGGUUGCGACGAGGCUCGAGCGCGCUGCUCCAGGACUUGGGUGGUCUGUUGACUCCGCAUACAUCCAAUGCCACGCGACCCAAGUCGAGGAAUGGCACAGAGCUGCAGACAAUUCCUCAAUCGCGACAUGAACAAACCUACAACAUGCACGGCAAGCCAAAUCCGAUUCUGAACGACCUCGGCGGCCUGCUGCAAUGA